AUAAAUACUGGACUAUGUUAAAGGCUACAUGGCGUCUCAGUGUAAGUUUACAUGAAAGAUUUAUAUUUUUAAUUAUAGUCAAACUCAACAUAUUAAAACUUAUUUUCAAUUUUAAAUGUACGAAUGAUUUGAUACGAUUAUUUCUUUAUUUUAUUUACUUAUAACCCGAACUUAGUAAUAUGAUAAUAGCCAUCUUGUAACUCGGAUUUAAUAAAAGGCCAAGUUCGAAGACGGAAAACAAACCCAAAGGUCGGAGAUAAGUUUAAUUACAUAAUCGUGUAAGGUAGUAAAUGUCUUGACCUAACAAUGUUGUUUUUAAGAAGAUCUAAAUAUAUUUGGAGUCACUGGAAGAAGAGACCCCAGGAAAAUGGUGGUCAAUGGUGUGGGGUCCAUACUUGGUCGCCACUCGCCGCCGUCUUCAACACUAAACCCAAUAAACUGUUGAGUCUUCACUUCACUAAAGGGACGUCUGGCUUGUUUGGACUUCCAGAGAUACAGGAACCAGAAGGAUUUUACUUAUUAAAAGAAAAUGCUGUCAAUGAAGCAGAUGACUUGGUGGCAGAAUGCUGCUCACCAAACAGGUCACGAAAAAUGGUUGAGGUGUUUGAUAACCUGUCUGAUACCCUUUGUCGUGUGGCGGACCUUGCAGAGUUUAUCCGCAUGGCUCAUCCUCAGGCAAGAUACUCUCAUGCUGCUGAGGAUGCGUGUAUAGCCAUUGGUGGACUUGUUGAACAGUUAAAUACCCAUAGAAAAUUAUAUGAUUCUUUGAGAGAAGUUGUUCAGCAUGGUGAUAAGAUCCCCACCACAGAUGUUGAUAGACAUGUGGCAAGGCUCUUCCUCUUUGAUUUUGAACAGUCAGGAAUUCACUUGGAUGAGGCUCAACGACGACGUGUUGUGAGUCUAAAUGAGUCCAUCCUCACACUUGGUCAACACUUUAUGAAUGGUUCCCUCCACCCCAGAGCUGUCCCUAAGACAAAUCUUCCAGAAAAUAUAAGACAGCAUUUUACCAUCGAUGGAGACAACGUUGUAGUAACAGGCUUGUACGCAGAUGCUCACAUGGAGAUAACUCGUGAGGCAGGAUACAAGAUAUUCCUUCAUCCAGACCCCCAUCAGGAAGUGCUGCUGACGGACAUGAUCAAUGGAAGACAUGAAAUGGCUACAAUAUGUGGUUUUCCUUCUUAUGCUCAUCGAGCUGUAAAUGGCAGUUUGGCAGAAACUCCUGAGCUUGUGGUAGAUUUUUUGAAACAUCUUGCCAGUGAGGUCAGACCCCGGGCCCAGGAAGACUUUGAUGAGAUGAACACCUUGAAGAAAGCCCAGUAUAGCUAUUCAAGGGAUGUGGCUCCUUGGGAUGUUCCAUACUUCGCUAGCCAAGUUAGGCAAAACAAGUUCCUGGUUAGUGCAAGUGAUCUGAUGCCAUAUUUCUCCCUGGGAGCAGUUAUGGAGGGACUAAAUGGUCUCCUCUUGAAUCUCUAUAAUGUGACUUUAGAGGUGGAGGAACCAUCACCUGGAGAACUUUGGGCUAGUGACGUUUAUAAACUGGCAGUGAAGCACAAUACUGAAGGAGUAUUAGGCUACAUAUAUUGUGACUUCUAUGAGCGACCAGGAAAGGCUCACCAGGAUUGUCAUUUCACCAUAAGAGGUGGCAAGUUGUUGGCAGACGGCUCAUAUCAGGAUCCCAUAGUGGUGUUGCAUCUGAACCUGCCAUCACCAUCUUGGUCAAGCCCAUCCCUCCUCACACCUGGUAUGGUUGAGAAUCUAUUUCAUGAAAUGGGCCACGCUUUACACUCCAUGCUGGCAAGGACCCAGUAUCAACAUGUCACAGGGACACGUUGCAGCACAGAUUUUGCUGAAGUUCCAUCAAUCUUAAUGGAGUUCUUUGCUAUGGAUCCAAGGGUGCUUAGCACAUUUGCUCGGCACUACAAGACUGGUGAAGUCAUUCCCCAAAAACUUCUGGAAAGAUUGGUGGCCUCAAAGUCCGUGUUUGUUGCUUCUGAAAUGCAAUUACAGACGUUCUACUCGCUGCUUGAUCAGCGUUACCAUGGAGAGGAGCGAUGGUCCCUGGCAACAACCACAACAAACAUAUUAGAGGAAGUUCAGAAUAAGUACUAUGGUCUUCCCUAUGUGCAGAAUACAGCUUGGCAAUUAAGAUUUGGUCAUCUAGUUGGAUAUGGAGCCAAAUAUUAUGCUUAUCUUGUUUCUCGGGCUGUGGCAUCUUGGAUUUGGCAGAAGUAUUUCUCAGAGGAUCCCUUCAGCAGAGAGAAGGGAGAAAAAUACCGCACAGAAGUCCUUUCUCAUGGUGGAGGGAAACCACCACGUGCCAUGGUAGGAGAGUUUCUUGGUCGAGAAGUGAUGGCUGAGAGCAUGGUAGAUGCUCUUAUGACCGACUUAGACUACAGGAAAUUAAAAGUAGAUUCUGCCCUGUCUCCAUAAUGUUGGCUGUGAUUACAUGUUAGUUUCCAGAAAAGGUAUGGACAGUAAACUUUUAAUAUCCAAUUCUUAAGAAUCUAAAUCAAUUGUAUUUGGCUUGUUAGAGAGCACUCUAGCCUUUUCCAGCAUUUGUAAGAUCUUUUCUUUAAAAUAAUUUGUGAUUACAAGAUUCAAAAGUAUCCCCCUAUUUACUGUGGGAUUACGUUCCUGAAAACCCAUCUCGGGCUGAAAUAUCAUAAAUCAGGAUCAUUAUAACAUGGUGUUCAAUAGGAUACAUUCCUAGCUAGUUCAAAAUCAACAUGUAUCACUGGAAAAAAAUCCUACACUAAUACUCUACUUAAAACACAAUUAAACAACACUCACCACAUCAUUAUGAACAAGCUUGGGAGUAAUUACAUGUCCCCUUCAAGGCUUAAGGGACUCUUGAAGGUGGAGUGGAAAUGUCACUGACUCCCACACAGCCUCUGGGGAGUCUCAUGCUGCUUCACAAUGUCAAACUUCACCUCCUGAGAUAAGUUUUUUUUUUUUUUUUUGGGGUGCCUUGUCCUUCCCAAACAUUUUCAAAAUUACUGCU